AUGAAUUCUCUUCGUCUCUCCUUUGUUUGCCAUAUAAAUCAGCACAGAGGUCCCCCCAAUUGCAGGUCAUCACAAUCAGCACUGCACAGCUUCUUCAGGCUCACAUGUAAAAUGGCAAACACUCUCUUCUCAUACUUCACCAUCCCGUUGUUUCUUUACUUGUCAUUGCUUCAGUUAGUCGCUCCUUUCCCUUCUGCCAAUGAUCAGACUGAUUACAAUUACAACUAUAAUUACUAUGAUAGGUCAUGCCCUCGUUUGGGAAUGAUUGUCAAGUAUGGUGUCUGGGCUGCUUUCCAAAAAGAAACCAGAAUUGCUGCAUCCCUCCUUCGAUUGCAUUUUCACGACUGCUUUGUAAACGUAAUACUACUUCUUAAUCUAUUUCUCUCUUACUUAACUACAUCCUUAACAUGA